AUGCUUAUCACCCGCACGGCGACCGCCGCCGCAAAGGCGAUCCCUUCUAUUCGAAGCUUUGCAACAGCUUCCCCCGUCGCAACUGCUCGCAAUCACAAAGUUGUCGUCGUCGGUGGUGGCGCCGCUGGUCUCGCCGUCAGCCAUCAACUUCUUCGAAACGGUCAAUUCUCCCAAGACGAUAUCGCUGUUGUCGACCCCGCCACAUGGCACCAUUACCAACCAGGAUGGACUCUAGUUGGAGGAGGUUUGAAGACCAAGGAAGAGCUCAGAAGACCAAUGGACAGCCUGCUGGAUUCUAAGCUCAAGUUCUAUAAUGAAGGCGUGGCCACUUUUGCACCGGAGGAUAAUUCGGUCACACUAAGCAACGGCGGCAAGCUCAACUACGACCACCUUGUUGUCGUGCCUGGUAUUAGCGUCAAUUUCGACAGUAUCAAGGGCUUGCAGGAAGCCCUCGGAAACAAGGACGCCCUGGUCUCAUCGAUCUACGGCUACGACUCCUGCGACAAAGUUUUCCCUACAGUGAAGAAACUCCAAGGUGGAGAUGCUUUGUUCACACAACCCCUCGGUGUCAUCAAAUGUGCAGGUGCUCCGCAAAAGGUUAUGUGGCUUGCUUUGGACCAUUGGAAAAGAGCUGGACUCUACAACCCCGGAAAUAUCACCACUUCACCGAUAAAGAUUAGCUUUGCCACCAGUCUCCCUGGAAUGUUUGGUGUUCCGAAAUACAGUGCCAAACUCAACGAGCUGCGCCAGGAACGAGGCGUUGAGGGUUUGUUCCAACACGAUCUUGUCGCUAUCGAGGGCAACACUGCCGUCUUCAACCGCCUGGAUAGCAAAGAUCAGGUGACGAAGCACUUUGAUUUCUUGCAUGUCGUUCCGAAGAUGGGCCCCCACGCGUUCGUCAAGAACAGCCCUCUAGCCGACCAGGCUGGUUUCGUCGACGUCAACCAAGCCUCUUUGCGCCACAACAAAUAUGGCAAUGUGUGGUCAGCCGGCGACGCUUCAAGCCUUCCUACUUCCAAGACUGCUGCAGCUAUUACGGCGCAAGCCCCGGUUCUUGUUCGCGGUUUGUUGUCGGUUAUGGAAGGCAAAGAGCCUGAGGGCACAUAUGAUGGUUACACCUCAUGUCCUUUGGUGACUGAGUACGGAAAGGUGUUGCUUGCUGAGUUCAAGUAUGGCGGUGAGCCAAAGGAAACGUUCAACAGAUUGUUUGGCAUUGACCAGGUAGAGCCUCGCCGUGCCUUCUACCAUUUGAAGAAGGAUUUCUUCCCUUGGGUAUAUUACAAUGCCCUGGUGAAAGGAACGUGGGCUGGUCCUAAGGGUUUCAUCAACUAG